UGAGAGACGAAUUACAUUUGAAGUUUUGAACUUUGUCCAUAGUUGUGAGGGAAAUUAUUUCCAAGGGAUUUUGUCUAAUUGCCCCUUGAAUAUAAGUAUACUUAUAAACUGAGAAAAAAAAAAAGAAAUUUACAAAGAAGUGUAGACUAAGUCAGUCAACUUCCUCUCUCUUUCAGUAUUAUUGCAUCUGGAAUUUUGUAGACAUGGUCGGCCAACUAUGAUGUUGACAUAUUGUUCAUGCUGAGAAACACAAACAGAAAACUGACCUCAGCCAAUUAUUUGUGCUGCUCACAUGCACAGUUACUACUUACUAGUGGAAGCUGAUAAGAAAAUGAAAAGUGUCCACACAAAUUUGGUGGUAAUUUCUUCUCUGACUAAAGACGCGCACUCCAAAUUUGAAAAAAAUACAUCACUUAGUUGAGAAACAAAUAGCAAGAUAUUUGUUUCUUUAAUUAUUAUCAAAGUUGCUGUGAAUUUCAAUUAGUUGAGAAAUGGCAGAGGCUUUCGUUCAAGUAGUUCUUGAAAAGCUGAGCUCAUUGAUCGAAGGUGAGAUUGGUUUGAUUAUGAGUGUGGACGAAGAGAUGAAUAAGCUCUUCAGCACACUCACCACCGUUCAAUCCGUGCUCGAAGAUGCCGAGAUGAAGCAACUUGAAAGCAGAGCCAUACAGAACUGGCUACUGAAGCUCAACGAUCUUACCUAUGAGAUUGAUGACAUCCUGGAUGAGUGUGCUACGGAAGUCUCUACGUCGAAGCAUAAAAACAGCAAAUUAAGUCGCUAUAGCUUGAAGAAAAUUCUCUUCCGACGCAAAAUUGGAAUAAGGAUGAAGCAGGUCACUGAGAAACUUGACGCGGUUGCUGCAGAGCGUGCAAAGUUCCAUUUGCGUGAGAUGGCUGUAGAGAGGCCUAUCAAAUUUGAUGCCACGCGUGAGACUGGUUCCGUUUUGAAUGAGUCCCGUCACAUUUAUGGCAGAGAAGAAGAUGCACAGAAGAUUGUGGAUAUCCUGGUCAACCAAGUCAAUGAUAAUGAAGAAAUCUCCGUGUUGCCCAUAGUUGGCGUUGGAGGCCUUGGCAAGACCACUCUUGCUCAAUUAGUCUACAACGAUCCACGGGUCGUUGAACAUUUCGACAAACUAAUUUGGGUUUGUGUCUCCAACAAUUAUGAUAUCAAGACUUUGUUGAAAGCCAUGAUUGAAUCUGGGGGUGGAAGUGCUUCAGAUUUAAUGCACUUGGAUACUUUACAGCGCGUACUAUGGGAGUUGCUAAACAACAAAAGAUAUUUGCUUGUACUGGAUGAUGUUUGGAACGAGGAUCAAGAGAAGUGGUCUGAAUUAAGAAAUGCAAUGUCGUGUGGCUCAACUGGGAGUUCAAUUAUUGUCACUACACGCCUCAAAAAGGUUGCUGAUAUAAUGGGAACACUUCCACCACAUUACUUAAAGGGAUUGUCAAACGAGCAUUGUUGGAUGUUGAUGCGUGAACGAGCAUUUGGACAUGAGAAAGAGGAAUUUCCAAGCCUGGAAGCUAUUGGGAUGCAAAUUGUGAACAAGUGUGCUGGUGUUCCUCUAGCUGCUAAGGCGCUCGGAGGUCUGUUGCGGUUUAAGAGGACUGAGAAAGAGUGGAAUUAUGUAAAAGAAAGUGAAAUAUGGGAAUUACCUCAUGAAGAAACUCUGAUACUACCAGCCUUGAGAUUGAGUUACCAUCAUCUCCCUUUAUCAUUGAGACAAUGUUUUGCUUAUUGUGCAGUUUUUCCCAAGGAUACUUUUAUCCGGAAAGAAGAGUUGAUCUUUAUGUGGAUGGCGCAUGGCUAUAUUUCAUCAAAGGGAGCAUUGGAAGUGGAGGAUGUUGGCAAUGGCAUAUGUAAUGAGCUAGUUUUGAGAUCGCUCUUGCAAUACGUUCCACAUACAAAUAACUCAACUCUUAUUAUGCAUGAUCUUGUUCACGAUCUCGCCCAAUCAAUCAUGGAGAACAAAGUUCCUGGAACACAAGUCCAAAGGACAAACUUCAGAAGUGCAGUGUCUAGUAGCAAAAUUCGCCAGGUAAAUUUGAGAAAAAAGUUCAUUCUCUUUCCUACUAGUAAUCAACCAGAGAUGGACAUGCCUCUCGUCUUAAAUAACUUUUUGCGUUUGAGAAUAUUAGAUGCAAGUUAUACAGGGAUAGAAAAUUUGCCUUAUGUGGUAGGCAAUCUGAAACAUUUGCGACACUUGAAUUUGUCUGGAUCUGAAAUUCGUAGCCUACCCGACUCGCUAUGUAGUCUUUGGAAUUUGCAUGUUUUGAAUUUGGAUGGCUGCAGAAAGCUAGAGGCUUUACCGAAGAAGAUGAGGUACUUAAUUAAUCUCCGUCAUCUAUUUUUGGAAGAUUGUGAAUCAUUAACGGAGAUGCCAUCUAAAAUUGGAGAACUUACUAGCCUUAGAACACUGAGUUUGUUCAUAGUGGGUCAUAAUAAAGAUAGUCUACUUGAAGAAUUAAAAUGCUUGAAGCUGGGUGGUAAGCUUAGAAUCCGUAAUCUGGAGAGAGUGAAAAAUCCUAUGGAUGCAAAGAAAGCAACUCUUGCCGAAAAAGAAAAUCUUCGUCAUUUGUGUUUAGAGUGGAAGCCUGAGAAUACUGCAUCAAAAUCAUCGGAGGAAGAAGAUAUAGUGAGAGAUGAAAAGGUGUUGGAAGCACUCGAGUCUCACCCAAAUCUUGAAACUUUAGAUAUAAAGGGAUUCAGGGGUAGGUGUUUUCCAGUUUGGAUGUCGAAUUCAACUCUGGAGAAACUAGUUGGAGUAUAUCUAAAAAAUUGUGAGAAUUGUUUGCAUCUUCCACAGCUGGGAGAGCUACCUCAUCUUAAAUCCUUGAGUUUAAAGAAUCUCGCUCGGGUGGAGUACAUACUUGAAGAUCAAAGUGGAAAUCGAUCAACGAGCGUACAACAGUUCCCAUCUCUGGAAACACUGUAUUUAACAACUCUCCCCAAAAUGAAAGGGUUGUUAAAGGAGCAAGUGACGAUGGGAUCGGCUGAAGCAUUCCCAAAUCUCGAGGAGCUACAGAUAUUAGACUGCUCUUCGUUAAAACUGCCACCACUCUCGUCAUCUCUUAAAAAGUUGAAGAAAUUGGGAUGCAGUAGCUUAACUCUGGCGUCAUUGUCUGAGGUGGAUCUGAACACUCUUACCGAACUUUUCGUGGACUUCAAGGAGAAUACGGCGACAUCUAUCUCAAUUGAGACGCUGCAAAGCCUUACUAAUCUCAAGAAGUUGGAGAUUUAUAAAGCAUGUGAUGAGCUGUCUAUUCCAGAACAAGGGAUGCGAGCCUUGACAUCUCUUGCACAUUUAAGGAUAAAGGAAUGUGAUACACUGAGGUGUUUUCCCGAAGGGUGGUUGCGACACCUCACAGCUCUGGAGGAACUAGAAAUAUUCGAAUGCCGAGAACUAGUAGAGCUGCCGGAAGGGAUUAAACACCUCCACAACCUUAAAAAAGUAGGCCUGUAUAAACUUCCUAAAUUGGUUGGAGUUCCUAAAGCAUUGAACCACCUCUCGUCGUCACUCCUCUCUCUUAUCCUAUCCAGACUUCCUGAGCUGAGUUCGCUGCCGGAGUGGUUGGGCGAUAUGAAAUCUCUUCAAUCUCUGGGUAUUUAUCAGUGCCCAAAGGUAACAUCACUGCCAGGUAGUAUCAGAGGAAUGACGAAUCUCCGAUAUCUGUGGAUCAAAAAAUGCCCGGAAUUGGAAAUGAGAUGUCAGAGAGAGAAGGGAGAGGACUGGCACAAGAUAGCACAUAUUCCCCACCCGGAAAUUGGUGAACGGAUUCCCUAAUUGGCGGCUGUUUCAGACUACAGCUGCAAGUAUUUUUGUAUCCAGGAUCGGAUGCUGCAAUACAUAAUUGUGUUAUUCUUUUCGUUAUUCCUUCUCUUUUUGGCAUUUAUGUGAGUUAGCAUAAUUCCCCCGUUAUCUCUAUCUCUAUCUCUCUCUCUCUCUCUACAUCAGCAGAGUUGAAUAUAUAUUGAAUAAAUGGAGCAGUAUGUGAUCGAAA